AGAACUUUUGGAAAAUGUACAACGUUGAAUGUAUACGGAAUCUUAUCCCUGGGUCGAGCGGUCGCAUGAUUUUUGUACGGUCUGUCUACUAGCGGUCUGCUCGCUGUUCGUCGCGUCACACGGUAGCUCACCAGCUGGCCAGUGGCAGCACCCAACGUUGGCGAGAUCAUAAUCAGCAUUCGGUUAUAAAGACGUCGAAUUCUGGUGACGAAAUAUCCCAAGCCUAUCCUUCGAGAAUGCGUCCUCCCUUCGAUUUCUCAUUCUCCGACUUCCUCGUUUUUCUUUCUUCUUACCGACAGCCUCAGCACUCUCCCCUUAACAUUCCGUGUAAAGUCCAAAAGCCCGCUGGUCAAUCACCAUUAGAAGGAUGCCCAGCUGGCACGAUAUACAUAUGUCUCCGCCGAUACUGGGUUCAGGAUGCUGUCGAGUCCCUAACAGACGACGGAGAACUUACUGUGAUUUUGAUUGGGGAAGGACGAUAUUUCGAGACGGUGAACGUGACCCGAUCAUCACCUCUGACUAUCCUCGUUCGUCUUUACCUUCCACAUACACAAGAGGUUAACUCCCUUCCUCAUAUUCCACACCCCAUAUCCACCCCGUUCGCGAAUGCUAGUCAACCGAACCUCGUCCAGAUAUUCAACUCUGUUUUCGUCGAGAACGGUAUCGACGAUGCAGCUACAGCAGUACUUACCGUUGCUCCCAAUGGUGCUGGAACCACUGGUGCACCCGCACAGGGUGUUUUCGGAAACGUGAAUUUCAAGAUGUAUAAUGUCGAUAUCCAGAACAGAGCCUCGUUAACUUUUGCCAUUUCGCAAGCGCUGGCUAUGGAUAUCUCGUAUGCUAAUGCGUCGUUCUACGGAUGUGGGUUUUCGAGCUUCCAGGAUACGUGGUAUACAGGGAAGAAUGCGAGUACAUAUGUGGUUGAUAGUGUGAUCUUUGGGCAGACGGAUUAUUUAUUUAGGUUUGGUACAGCAUCCUAUCCUAUCCUGAGAUCUUACAUUAUCACUGAUUGUAGAUGGGCUUUAUUCCCACCACCCUACCUAAUUACCACACAACAUGCUCAAGACAUUGCUUAUUUAAUUUCCUGUAUACUUAUGUAGGGUAAAUAAACCGCCCAAUGUCACAUUGAAUAAAAUCAGUCCCACUUUCCUUCUACA